AUGCCUGCCGGGGAGACCGCGGUGGCGCGGAGCACUGCGUAUCAGUCGCAGGCGACCGACGAGAGGAAAACUUUUUGUCCGGCAGAAAACAAGCAGAGGGAGGCUGACAGCGAAAAGGCGUACGGGACUUUUAAAAACGCGGCUCCCGCGCCAGUUCCGGUUGAUUCUGCGCUCCGUAAGGAUUCCGGCGGAGCCGCGCCACCCAAAACGGAUGCGGAGCAAAACAACGCCACGAGCAAUUGGGGUUCCCUGAGUCAAACCACUGUCUUACUCGGGACAGAUGGCAACACUUCUGUUCUGUCUGUCACCGCUACCGGGGAUGACGACGAUGACGACGGAGGAGAUGAAAACAAAGCCAGGGGAAAUUGGUCGAAUAAACUGGAUUUCAUUCUAUCUAUGGUUGGCUAUGCAGUCGGUUUGGGUAAUGUGUGGAGAUUUCCGUAUUUAGCCUUCCAAAAUGGAGGAGGUGCUUUUUUGAUACCGUACCUGAUAAUGCUGUGCCUUGCUGGAAUCCCAAUAUUUUUAUUGGAAGUUUCUCUGGGUCAGUUCGCCAGCCAGGGACCUGUAUCUGUUUGGAAAGCGAUUCCAUCCCUUCAAGGUUGCGGGAUUGCCAUGUUGAUUAUAUCUGUCUUGAUAGCCAUAUACUAUAAUAUUAUUAUGUGCUGGACACUGUACUACCUGUUCGCUUCGUUGAAGGGCUCACUCCCAUGGGCUAACUGUAGGAACUCAUGGAACACCGCGGACUGUAAAGACAAAGACAUGCUUUUGUUAGAUACCUGCCUACUGCGCGAGAGGAACAACACCUCGAUAAGGAACAGUACCUUCUGUCUGUCGGCCAAUGCCCUGGGCAAUCUGAGCAAGCUAACGAACUUCACCACAGAGAAUAAGACUUAUGUCAGUCCCAGCGAAGAGUAUUUCAAGUACAAUGUGCUGCACAUUUCUAAAGGUAUCGAAUACCCAGGGGACAUCCGGUGGCCACUGGCACUCUGCUUGUUCUUGGCUUGGGUCAUUGUGUACGCAUCACUGGCUAAAGGAAUCAAGUCGUCUGGGAAAGUGGUGUAUUUCACGGCCACCUUUCCCUACGUGGUGCUGGUUAUUCUGCUGAUAAGGGGCGUCACUCUACCCGGCGCUGGGUCUGGAAUCCUCUACUUCAUAACGCCCAAAUGGGAGAAACUCAACGAUGCUAAGGUUUGGAAGGAUGCUGCUACUCAAAUUUUCUUCUCCCUGUCUGCAGCCUGGGGUGGACUCAUCACUCUGUCUUCCUACAACAAGUUCCACAAUAACUGCUACAGGGACACCAUCAUAGUCACGUGCACCAACAGUGCCACCAGCGUCUUCGCGGGCUUCGUCAUCUUCUCCGUCAUCGGCUUCAUGGCCCACGAGCUGAAAGUGCCCAUCGAGAAGGUGGCCGAUGAGGGCCCAGGCAUUGCCUUUGUGGUGUACCCUGAAGCCCUGACCAGACUGCCCCUCUCCCCAUUCUGGGCCAUUAUCUUCUUCCUCAUGCUGCUGACACUGGGGCUGGAUACCAUGUUCGCCACCAUCGAAACCAUCGUGACUUCCGUGUCUGACGAGUUCCCCAAGUACCUGCGCAAACACAAGCCCGUCUUCACGCUCGUGUGCUGCCUCAGCUUCUUCGUCCUGGGCUUCCCCAUGAUCACGGAGAGUGGGAUGUACAUGCUCCAGCUGGUGGACACGUUUGCAGCCUCAUACUCCCUUGUCAUCAUCGCUAUUUUUGAACUGGUGGGAGUCUCCUAUAUAUACGGAUUACAGAGAUUCUGUGAAGACAUCGAGAUGAUGAUCGGAUUCCAGCCCAAUAGGUUCUGGCGUGUUUGCUGGGCCUUCGUGACACCGACAAUUCUCACGUUUAUCCUGGGCCUGAGUCUGUACCAGUGGAAGGUGAUGACCUAUGAAGACUACACCUACCCCACCUGGUCCAUGGUGCUGGGCUGGCUAAUGGUCAUCUGUUCAGUCAUCUGGAUCCCCAUCAUGUUCAUCAUCAAGAUGCACCUGGCCCCCGGCACCUUCCGCCAGCGGCUGAAGCUGGUGUGCUCCCCGCAGCCUGACUGGGGCCCCUUCCUGAUGAAGCACCGCGGGGAACGCUACAGGAACAUGGUGGACCCCCUGGGCACAAACUCUCUUGGCCUCAAACUCCCACCUAAGGACUUCCAGCUGGGCUCCCAGUACCAGUAG